GGGUGUAUUUCCCUUUAAAUCCCCGCUGAGAGCAGCUCGGAUCAGCAGAGGAGACUCUCGGCCUCCGCAGCAGCAUGUCAGCGAUAAACAUCAGCGUCUGAGGCGAUGUUCAGAUUUGUUUGCCAUGGAGAUGGAUAUGAUACCGAAAUUCUCCUCAAAAGACGAGGAAAUUGACUUCUGGAAGGCUCUUUCCCUCAAGUACAAGAAAGGCUGCCAGGAGGCUCAGGAGGAGCUGCUGGAGUUCCAGGAGGGGAGUCGGGAGCUGGAGGCCGAGCUGGAGGCUCAGCUGGGGCAGGCCGAGCACCGCAUGAAGGACCUGCAGUCUGAGAACCACCGCCUGAAGAACGACGUGGAGACGCUGAAGGAGAAGCUGGAGCAGCAAUACUCACAGAGCUACAAGCAGAUCUCCAUGCUGGAGGACGACCUCGGCCAGACGAGGAGCAUCAAGGAGCAGCUUCACAAAUACGUCCGAGAGCUCGAACAGUCCAACGACGACUUGGAGAGAGCUAAAAGAGCCACCAUCGUGUCUCUGGAGAACUUCGAGCAGCGUCUGAACCAGGCCAUCGAGAGGAACGCCUUCCUGGAGAGCGAGCUGGACGAGAAGGAGUCUCUGCUGGUGUCUGUGCAGAGAUUAAAGGAUGAAGCCAGAGACUUGCGGCAGGAACUGGCCGUCAGAGAGCGUCAGGCGGACGUGACCAGGAUGUCGGCUCCCAGCUCGCCCACACAGGACAACGUGAAGAUGGACAGCGCUGUUCAGGCCUCCCUCUCCCUCCCUGCUACCCCGCUGAGCAAAGGUCUGGACAACGCCUUCGCCAACACAACAGUGCUGUCUAACGGCUACAGCAGCAACUCUCCUCUGACUCCCUCGGCCAGAAUAUCAGCCCUGAACAUCGUCAGCGAUUUACUCCGGAAAGUCGGGGCUCUGGAGUCGAAGCUCGCCGCCUGCAGGAACUUUGCAAAGGACCAGAAAGCGAGGAAGGCGUUCGCUCUGGACAACAGCAACGCUCUGAACGCCAACACGGCCAGCUACAACUCUCAAGCUCUGCACACCUCGUACUUUGACAAAGCCAGGACGGUGAACGGAAUGGAGCCUUCGAACCUCACGGCCAUCACCGCCCCUCCGGCCGCCUCCUCGCCGGGAUUAGUGCCCCUGCUGUGUGACGGUAACUGCCCCAGUGACCCCUCCAAACACACCUGCCCUGCCACGGGGCAAAGAGGGAACACAAAUACUGUAAAAGUCUGUACUGUCGCUCCGGUUUUCUCCUCGUCUUCCCACUUUCUUCUCUCGUGCUUGGUUCCUGCUGUGGUUCUGUCUGUAUAUUAACGUGUUGCUGUGUCUGCUGUUCGCUCACUGACGUUACAAAGACAGCCAAGGCCUCUCUACGUAGCAGCUCCCCUCAUUUAAGUGCUUUCUGAGUGCACAUUAUCACCUAAAACAGGGGUGUCAAACUUGUAAGUUCAGGGGCCACAUUCAGCCCAGUUUGAUCCCAAGUGAGCAGUAAAAUCACAGCAUAAUAACCUAUAAAUAAUCACAGCUCCACAUUCCUUGUUCUAGUGCAAAAAAAAAAAAAAAUCACAUUCAAGGAAUUAUCUUUUUACAAAACACUAUGGACGAACAUGGACAGACAAAAAACAACAAAAACAAGACAAAAUAUUACAAAAACAAGACACAAAAUGAGAAAAAUGAGACAAAUGACAUGAAAUAAAAAAGAGACAAAAAAUUAUACAAAAAAAGGUACAAAGGGACAAAAAAAUGGACACAAAUGAGACAAAAAAUGACAAAAGCAAAGAAACUAAGCGACAGAAAAAUAGACAACACAAGCGAGACAUAAAAAACAUGACAGGACAAAAACACUACACAAAACAACAAAUAAAGCGAAACAGAAAAUGACAAAAAUAAGACAGAAAACACAAGCAAGACAAAAAGGAACCACAAACCGACAAAAACGAGAAACAACACGACAAAAACAUGAGACAGACAACAAAAGUCAAACAAAAAACAACAAAAACAAAAGAAAAUAUUACAAAAAUGAGAUUAAAAAAUGACAAAAAAUUAGACAAAUGACAUGAGACAAGACAAAAAAGACAAAACAGCGACAAAAUGACAACAAAAUGGACAAACGACACAAGUGAGACAUAAAGGAAACACAAAAUGACAAAAACGAGAAAGAAACAACAAAAACAAGACAAAAUAUUACAAAAAUGAGACCACAAUGUCAAAAACAGGCAAUCUAGUAUUUCACUUUAUGAUCAAAACAACUUGUCAUGGUCUAGAAAUUAUUUUAAAUUUAUAGUUUUACUAAUUUUAAAUCUGCAGUUAAUGUCUUCUCUGGGAUUUUUACAUUUUGAGGACCAGAAUGGACCCUCUGGAGGGCUGCUUUUGGCCCACGGGCCUCAUGUUUGACACCCCUGCUCUAAAAAGCUCAAUAUUAUGCAAAUAGCGUUAAAAUCUGUACUUUUUAAAAACACAAACGGCUUCUUUUCACCUCUUUCAUUAGCAAUAAGUUGACUUGAACCACUGGGAUUCCACGCAGCAGGUUCUAACGGCUUGUACAGACGUCCUGAAGAAUUUGUGUCACAUGUCUCCGUCAGUUAUUGAUGUUUCAAAUCGUCCGACUGUGAACCUCGAAGCUUUCUGGAGCUCUGAUUGAACUGAUUUUUGGCCUCUAACUGUUAUGACCCUUGCAUUCGCCUCAUCUGACUUUAAAUGGUUCCACGGCUGUUUUAACGAGAGCCAGAGAGUGUUUGCGUCAUGGUAAAGAGUCAAACACACCGUCUAACUCCUCAACUGUGUGACAUGAUGUACAGUAUUGGUCAUAUUGAUCGUUAUUAACCAGCGUUCUUCUGUUCUCUAGUGUUCUAUCCCACUUUAUUAUCACAUGACAGCACUUUGUUCAGUCUUUCUUCUUUCUUUCUUUCUGUUUCAUUCAAGUGCAAUAUUGCCAGUUUGUUAUUGUUUGUGGGUUUAAUUUAUUUCACGUUUCUUUUAUAGCAUGUUUCAAUAAAAGAUGGUAUUAUACUCCACAUGUUA